GUGACUUGCUUCCUAACUUAGAGGAACUUCACUUUUUUGGGUUGACCGAAUUAGAAAGCAUUUCAGAUUGCAGCAAUUUUCUUGGACUGCGUUUCACCAAGCUUAGAUCCAUACUCGUUCAGGAGUGUUAUCAAUUGGAAAAUCUAUUCACAAUGGAUGGAACUCUUCACGAACUUGCAAAUCUGGAUUCAAUCAUGAUACACAAGUGUAGGAACUUGUCACAAGUGUUCAAAAACACAUCCACAAACAACUUUGUGCCAAUGUUGGAAUCCUUAGAAUUGUACGGACUUCCAGCACUAGAAGAAAUAUGCAAAACAGAUGAAUCAUGGAAAAGUCUAAAGGAGCUUAGAGUGAGGGAAUGCAGUAUGUUGCUGAAGUUGCCUCUUAGUGUCCAAAGUGCAGACAAUAUUCAGUCAAUAAGCGGAGAACAAAAUUGGUGGAAUAAACUGCAAUGGGAUGAUGAAAAUCUGAAGAUGCACUUACAACCACAUUUUAAACCACAUGAUUAUAGGGGAUGA